CGGGCGCCCUACCCGUUGAGUGGAUCCCAUGGGAGGACGAGGAGGCGACGGCGACGGAACGGGGGUGGCCGUGCCGCUGGGUUGCGGCUCGCUUCACCGCGCGCUCUUGCAGUGCCACCGGCGUGCCGGGGACCCGCGGCAGCAGGCGGUGCUGUGCCGACACCUGAACCGCUCGCUGGCCGAGUGCGUCGUGUCCGCUUGCUGCCCCGAGGAGUCGGAGGCCGUGCGUAGCCUCUGCUCCAGCGCCGGUACCUCCCUCAAGCGGUCACAGUGCCAGCGCGCGCGUCUCGCUCUCUCCGUCUGCCUUUCCUCCCCUCAACCGCCGGAUUCAUAGCCGUGGCAGUAUCCUUCUCGAGAUUACUGACCCUUCUGCACGCGGGCUCGUGUCUUGUUGGUUUCGCAUAAACUGUUGCAGGAGUUGUUGCCGAAGGCCUAUUUGUCUCUCCUUCAGAUUUCUGGAAGAUCAGCCAUCGCAAGAGACCUGCCUAUUCUGCCUUUGUCACACAGCUUAUGUUUUAACAGUUACGAAUACUUCCCUCAUUCAAGGAGGUGAAAGGCAAGUUCUAAACAUUUAGGUGUAGAAUCACUGCAAUUGCACACCAACAUAUGAAAAAUAUGGAUGCUUGGUUUAACUGUAAGUCCAACAUCUCUUCUAUCAGUGCCUCAUUGUUUAUGUAGUAUAUACAUUGGUCACACAUAAUUUACACAUUUUUUAUGUGUAAAGUUGCAAGUGUAGAAAUGAUAUUGUAAAUUUGGAAAAUAAUAAAAUGUGUAUGAAAUUAAACAUAAAAGCAGAGCUUUGAUUAAAUUGAUUCAGAUGAUGUUGGUUUUAGAUGAGCAUUGUUAAUUUUCUUAUUGUACAGCCUGUUUUAAUAGUAGUUCUCGGUUCCAUGAUUUCUGCACCACAAGAAUGCGGGCAGCACAUUUAGUAAUAGUUUCCAUCUCACACAAAUCACUAAAGCAUGGUUAUAGCUUUCUUCACUCUUCUUCCUGUUAAGAGUGGGUCUUUGACCACCACCUUUGCUUUCAUUAGCUAGCUUUCUUAAGAGUAAAGCAAAGAAUGUAUUGAUUGCAAGCUUUUGCAGAUAGUCCUAAACCUGGAGGUGUCCCACAUUAUUACUGUUGGUUUGUUGAAUCAUGGCCUGCCAGGUUUUGAUAGUCCUGUUUGUGUCAUUACUCUGACUUCUUUAAAUGACAGGAUCACCAUUUCUGCAAUGUGGGAACAUCCACUGUUACUUCUUCCUGCUACAAAUUCUUCUUAGUUUUAAUAUCACAAACAAAUUUUUAUUUUUAUUUUUUUGCACAACAAAAGUGUCAUUUUUUCUUGUAAAAAAUGCUUC